UACUAUUUUCUACAAAUUGCCGGAAAGUGGCGAAUUUUCAAUUUUCCGGCAAGUUGAACAGUGAUAAACUCUCUGAAAGUCUGAAUCUUCAUCUCUUUCUCUCACGAUUCCCAUUGAAUCAGAGCUAUUGACGCGUAUUUCUCAUCGGCAACAGAUUUGAUAUCCAUCUUCAAAUGAGUUACAUCAGCAAUUAGGACCCUAGAUUCGGUUGCGGCAACAGAUUUAGUUCGAUUUUACACACUAGUAACUUCAAUACGAGCUGAUUUAAUCAGAUUGUUAUUCGCUCCUUCAAUAUGGAUGUAGUAGUUCUCAAGUGGUGGUAGAUUCAUCCGAUCUGUAUCAAUUCUGAUCUUCACGUUCACUAGCGAUGCUGAGAUUGAGAGCAUUUCGUCCAACGUCCGACAAGAUCGUCAAGAUUCAGUUGCAUCCAACGCAUCCAUGGCUUGUAACGGCUGAUGCGACUGAUCGUGUCUCUGUGUGGAACUGGGAACACCGACAGGUAAUUUAUGAGCUAAAAGCUGGUGGAGUUGAUGAGAGGCGCUUGGUGGGUGCUAAGUUGGAGAAGCUAGCUGAAGGUGAAUCAGAAGUUAGAGGGAAACCAACUGAAGCUAUGCGAGGAGGGAGUGUUAAGCAGGUUAGCUUUUAUGAUGAUGAUGUAUGCUAUUGGCAAUUCUCGAAUAACCGGGCUGCUGCAGCUGAAGCUCCUUCAGCAGUUAAUCAUGUUGCUUCCACAUUUAACUCCCCAGCCCCAUCAACAAAAGGGAGGCAUUUUCUCGUCAUUUGCUGUGAGAAUAAAGCAAUUUUCCUAGAUUUGGUGACUAUGCGAGGGCGUGAUGUGCCAAAGCAGGAUUUGGACAAUAGAUCGCUUAUCUGUAUGGAGUUCCUUUCAAGAUCUAGUGGAGAUGGUCCACUUGUGGCUUUUGGGGGAUCAGAUGGUGUUAUUAGGGUGCUGUCAAUGAUAACAUGGAAGCUUGUUCGAAGGUAUACGGGAGGGCACAAAGGAUCAAUUUCUUGUUUGAUGACUUUCAUGGCUGCUUCUGGCGAGGCGCUUUUGGUUUCUGGUGGCAGCGAUGGCCUACUUGUACUUUGGAGUGCAGACCAUAGUCAAGAUUCACGGGAACUUGUACCCAAGCUGAGUUUAAAAGCUCAUGAUGGAGGGGUUGUGGCUGUUGAACUUUCUAGAGUGACUGGAGGUUCCCCACAACUCAUAACCAUUGGUGCAGAUAAGGCAUUAGCUAUCUGGGACACAAUCUCAUUUAAGGAGCUGCGCCGUAUUAAACCAGUUCCGAAACUGGCGUGCCACAGCGUGGCAUCAUGGUGCCAUCCUCGUGCUCCAAACCUAGACAUACUAACUUGUGUCAAGGACUCUCAUAUAUGGGCCAUUGAACACCCCACUUAUUCAGCUCUUACGAGACCAUUGUGUGAACUUUCCUCUCUAAUUCCUCCACAAGUUCUUGCAUCUCAUAAAAAACUUCGGGUCUAUUGUAUGGUCGCUCAUCCUUUGCAACCACAUCUUGUUGCUACUGGAUCCAAUGUUGGUGUUAUUAUCUGCGAGUUUGAUGCUAGAUCACUUCCUCCUGUUGCUCCCUUACCAACACCAUUAGAUAGCAGAGAACAUUCUGCAGUUUAUGUUGUUGAAAGGGAACUAAAGUUGCUACGCUUCCAGCUGUCUAACACUGCAAAUCCAUCUCUUGGAAGUAAUGGCUCUUUAUCAGAGACUGGUAGAAUCAGGGGAGAUGCAAUUGAACAACUUCAUGUUAAACAAAUUAAAAAGCAUAUCAGUACACCGGUUCCACAUGAUUCAUAUUCAGUUGUGUCGGUUAGCGCCUCAGGAAAGUAUGUGGCUAUUGUUUGGCCGGAUAUUCCAUACUUCUCUAUCUAUAAGGUAAGUGACUGGACAAUAGUUGAUACAGGUAGUGCCAGACUUCUGGCUUGGGAUACAUGUAAGGACAGAUUUGCAAUACUGGAAUCGGCAUUACCUCCAAGAAUGCCCAUAAUUCCCAAGGGAGGGUCAUCGAGAAAAGCAAAAGAGGCAGCUGCUGCACAAGCUGCUGCUGCAGCAGCAGUUGCAAAUGCUGCAUCUUCCGCUAGUGUUCAGGUUCGAAUAUUGCUUGACGAUGGCACGUCUAAUAUACUGAUGAGAUCUGUAGGUAGCCGAAGUGAACCAGUCGUGGGUUUACAUGGUGGCGCUCUGCUCGGGAUUGCCUAUCGAAUGUCUAGAAGAAUUAGCCCUGUUACCGCAACAGCUAUUUCUACGAUCCAAUCCAUGCCGUUAUCAGGAUUCGGAAGCAGCGGAGUUUCGUCUUUUACAGCCUUGGACGAUGGAGUUUCUUCUCAGAAGUCUCCCACGGAAGCUUCUGUGCAGAACUUUCAGUUAUACAGUUGGGAAUCCUUUGAACCAAUUGGUAGUCUUCUUCCUCAGCCAGACUGGACUGCUUGGGAUCAAACCGUCGAGUAUUGUGCUUUCGCCUAUCAGCAUUACAUUGUUAUAUCGUCUUUACGCCCUCAGUAUCGUUACUUGGGUGACGUGGCGAUCCCCCACGCUACUGGGGCUGUUUGGCAACGGAGGCAACUGUUUGUCGCUACGCCGACUACUAUCGAAUGUGUUUUCGUGGAUGCGGGAAUCGCUCAGGUUGACGUGGAAACAAGAAAGAGGAAAGAAGAGAUGCGGUUACGAGCUUUACAGGCGAACGCAAUUGCAGAACACGGAGAGUUGGCGUUAAUUACAGUUGACGGUCCACAGACAGCUAAAAAUGAGAGGAUUAAAUUGAGGCCACCUAUGCUACAAGUGGUCCGGUUGGCUUCUUUUCAACACUCUCCUUCUAUUCCUCCGUUCUUGACGAUGCCUAAACAGUCUAGAGCUGUUAGCGAUGAUUCGAAGGAGACGGAGGAAAGAAGAGUGAAUGAGAUAGCUGUUGGCGGUGGAGGGGUUUCGGUGGCAGUUACUCGUUUCCCGAAUGAGCAGAAACGACCUAUCGGACCUCUUGUUAUUGUUGGCGUUCGAGAUGGGGUGUUAUGGCUGAUCGACAGAUACAUGUGUGCUCACGCGAUAUCACUUAGCCAUCCAGGUAUUCGUUGUCGUUGUCUUGCUGCUUAUGGAGAUGCUGUCAGUGCGGUUAAAUGGGCGAGUAGGCUCGGGAGAGAACAUCACGAUGAUUUGGCAGAAUUUAUGCUGAGAAUGGGUUACGCGACCGAAGCACUUCACUUGCCGGGAAUAUCAAAGAGAUUGGAGUUUGAUUUGGCAAUGCAGAGUAAUGAUUUGAAAAGAGCGCUUCAGUGUCUUCUGACGAUGAGUAACAGUAGGAAUAUAGGGCAAGAAGCUACUGGGUUGGACUUGACUGAUAUUCUCAAUUUGAAGGAGAAGACGAAAGAAACUGUGGUGGAUGCGGUUGAAGGGGUUGUGAAGUUUGUUAAGGAGUUUAUGGAUCUUAUUGAUGCGGCCGAUGCAACUGCUCAAGCUGACAUUGCUCGUGAAGCUCUUAAGAGAUUAGCAGCUGCUGGUUCUUUGAAAGGAGCUUUACGUGGACAAGAGUUGAGAGGUGUUGCUUUGCGCCUUGCGAAUCAUGGAGAGUUAACAAGACUCGGUAGUUUAGUUAAUAACCUCAUCUCAGUUGGAUCGGGAAGAGAGGCAGCAUUUGCCGCUGCUGUGCUGGGCGACAAUCCUCUAAUGGAGAAGGCCUGGCAGGAAACUGGGAUGCUUGCAGAGGCUGUUCUUCACUCCCACGCUCAUGGGCGCACGUCGUUAAGAACCUUAGUUCAAACAUGGAACAAAGUCCUGCAGAAGGAAAUGGAACAUACACCAUCCACAAAAACAGAUGCUGCAUCCGCUUUUCUAGCUUCCCUCGAAGAUACAAAGCUUUCAAGCUUAGCCGAUUCUGCUAAGAAACCUCCAAUCGAAAUUCUUCCUCCAGGAAUGGCAUCCUUAUACGGACCAAAUCCUGGUCAGACAAAGAAACCCAUUCCCGCCGCAAUAGGAUCAUCGCAGCAACCUGGGAAGCCCAUGCUGUUAGAAGCAGCACCACAAGUUCCGACAGCCACCACGUCAGCAGCUACUCCGCCAGUAGAAUCUGGUGCAGCACCUCCUUCAGAUACCACCACGAGCCCUCAGCCUGUUUCAGGUCCUGAAGAAGCAAACGGUCAACCAACUGCAGAGUUGGUUAAUGAACCACCUUCCGAAUUGGGCUCUUCGUUGGCGGUUGAGUCGAGUAAACGUAAUUCAAAUUCCGAUCCUAAUCUGACCUUAGCAGGUGUUUCUAUUGAAUCGGUUCUGACUUCAGCUGCGAGUGCUCCGGUUAUCAUGGAGGCCCCACAAGAGGUUCAGCAUUCGCAAGGGCAAGGGCCAGGGCCGAGCAAUCCUGUAAUGUCACCGAUGAUCGAUUUUUCUUGACGGGUAAUUCUCGAAGAUUGGUUAUUUUUUCUUAGGGUUUAUGAAAUUUGGUGAACAUUUCACUGUGUUUUGCUAUUUGUAUUGUGUAUUGAUGAUAAGAGUGGAGGAACACGGUUUCAUUUGUUGUAUUAACAGAAAAAAAAUCCAUCCUUUUAGUACGUUUGUUUGGAACUAUAAUAGUGAUAUUAUGACUUUAAAGUUGUAUUCUUUGGUUUAAGAGAGUUUGUUUGAUCUUAAA